ACUGCAGUUCAAAACUGUUCAUAGUCAAAUCCACUCUGUAAAGCUUUCACUCAAACAGCCUUCUGCUCUGCUCUGUGCAUGCUUACUCACUAUGUAAAGAACAGCACUGCAUUCGUCUAGUUCGGCCUGUAGAUACCAGACAUCACUUUGCACUGUGGGAAAUGAAGUCUUGCACGUGUGCUCUUGUGUAAUAUAACAGAGUUAUGCUGCAAAUGGAACGGCAGAAGCACGCAGAGUGACAAAGAAGUGUCAGAGAUAGAGAAGGAUGGAGAAAGACUGAAAGAAGAGGACAGAUAGAUUCAGAACGAAAAGUAGACAGCGGUACUUGCACUCUGUGACUGAGGGUCGUGCUCUGUAAAAGUCCUACGAGCAGCAGUGACGUCACUUUGGCUCAUAGCGUACUGGACAGUGUGGACAGAGGGACGGCAGGUGCCUAAAGUUAUAAAACGUUUCUUCUCUCCUCUCCUGUCGGGCUUGGCAGAGUGUGAAAGAAAAACAUGGUUCGGUGGUUCCAUAGAGAUUUGUCUGGUCUAGAAGCAGAGACGCUUCUGAAGAGCCAUGGAGUUCACGGCAGCUUCCUGGCCAGGCCCAGCAAGAAGAAUGUUGGGGAUUUCUCUUUAUCUGUGAGAGUUGGGGACAUCGUGACACACAUCAGGAUCCAGAAUACUGGCGAUUACUAUGAUCUGUAUGGUGGUGAGAAGUUUGCUACAUUAUCAGAGCUGGUGGAGUACUACACAGGAAACCACGGUGUGCUACAGGAUAAAGAUGGAACCAUCAUUGAGCUCAAAUACCCUGUAAAUUCCUCUGACCCCACCACAGAGAGGUGGUAUCAUGGUCACUUGUCAGGUCCAAGUGCUGAGAAGUUAUUGCGUGAGCGGGACGAGUCAGGGACAUUUCUGGUGCGGGAGUCUCUCUCUAACCCUGGAGAUUUUGUCCUGUCUGCACUCACAGAUGAGGUGUCCAACUCUGGCAGGAGGGUCUCACACAUCAAGAUUAUGUAUAGUCAUAAUGGCUACACAGUAGGUGGAAAUGAAAUCUUUGGCUCUCUGGCAGAUCUGGUGGAGCAUUUCAAACGCAAAGGUAUCGAGGAGGUCUCGGGCACCAAAGUUUACCUCAAACAGCCGUAUUUCUCUACUAGGGUGAACGCGGCUGACAUUGAGAGCAGGGUGAGGCUGCUGGAGCAGACAGCAGAUGGACAAAUUCAGGAAGGAGACAAGAAGAUAAAAGCCGGUUUCUGGGAGGAGUUUGAUGCGCUGCAGAAGUACGAGUCUAAAGUGAAGAAGAGCAGAGAUGAAGGCAUGCGGCCAGAGAACAAGAGCAAAAACAGAUAUAAGAACAUCCUGCCAUUUGAUGAAACCAGAGUGGUUCUACAAGGUGGAGACCCCAACGUUGUUGGAUCUGAUUACAUAAAUGCCAACUAUGUGAAGAAUAAACUAUAUGAGAUCGGUUUUCAGAAGGUCUACAUUGCUUGUCAAGGAUGUCUUCUUACAACAGUCAAUGAUUUCUGGCAAAUGGUGUGGCAGGAGAGGUCGCAUGUGAUAGUCAUGACCACGAGGGAGGUGGAGAAAGGACGGAAUAAAUGCGUACCAUACUGGCCAGAACCUGGAGCAUCAAAAGAAUUUGGCAGAUACGUGGUGAUGUUACUAUCUGAGAGAGAUUGCUCAGACUACAAGAUCAGAGUGCUGGAGUUGACUUCUCUCGAUCAGAGUGAAGCACCAAGAGAGAUCUGGCACUAUCAGUAUCUGAGCUGGCCAGACCAUGGUGUCCCACAAGAGCCAGGUGGUGUGCUGAGCUUUCUCAUGCAAGUCAACAAUAAGCAGGCGGAGUUUUCUGGAGCAGGACCCAUGGUCAUCCAUUGCAGUGCUGGCAUUGGACGAACAGGAACCAUUGUGGUCAUCGACAUGCUAAUAGACACCAUUGAUGUUAAAGGUGUGGAGUGUGAAAUUGACAUCCAGAAGUGUAUUCUUAUGGUGCGUGAGCAGCGUUCAGGGAUGGUCCAGACAGAAGCACAGUACAGGUUCAUCUACUUGGCCGUACAGCAGCACAUCGAGUCCCAGAAACUCAAACAAAAGGCCUGCAUGGACACGGAGACUGAGUAUGGAAAUCUGUCCUUACAGCCCAAACACCAGAAAGCAAGCCGCAAAGUCUCUAAGAAUAAGGAAGACACAUAUGAGAAUCUGGGAGCAAAGGGAAAGAAAGAUGUCAAAAAGCAAAAAUCGGAAGAGAAGAAGAGUGGCUCUGUGAGAAAACGAUAAAACCAGAGAAUAAAAUUUAUUUGUAUAGCAGUUUUUUACAUUUUAACCUGAACCAUCUAAGUUUUCAAAUUACCUGUGCCUGCUACUGUGGAAGAAAACAUGUCUCAAAAAAGGAGCGUUUGAUUUCAGGCUCUGGUGCAGAUGAUUUAUUGCUUGCCUCCAAAAUGACAGUGUAAACUGUGAUUUUUACAUGAAUUGAUUCAGACAGAUUUGCCCUCUGUGCAGUUCUCAUUCUAAAUAAAGUGUUUCUUGAACAUGC